CACACACACUCACAAACGCACACUCACAAACACACACACACACACAGCAGACGGAGCACAAACGACAGACACUGUCACUUUUUUUCUGACGGCUGACGGAAGGCUGCUAGGCAAUAUACAGUAUACAGAGAGAAGAGCAAAUGAAGAGCUCUUUUCCAAAAUGAGAUAUAUCCAUUUUAUAGAAUGUUGGGAAAUUGACAUUUUUGUAUUGGGCAUUCCGUUGAAUUGCAUUACAAAAUGCAUUUUAUAGAGGUUUAAAAAGCAUGUUCUCAAAACAUUUGAAUGGCAAGAAUUUACACAUAGAUGAUAGGACUACUUACGUAUCAGUCAAUUCCAAUAUUAAAAUGCAAAAAGUCAAAAAUGGUAUGGAUAUAGCGUUUUGGAAAAGAGCUCUUCAAAUAGAGAGGGGAAAUGAAAGCACAUUGCUCACACUGCCCAUCAAAGCGCUCCCUUGCGACCGGCUGCCAAGCGGCUCUGUUGAUUGGCCAAAUGGAACCGAGGGAGGUAGUAGUAGGGCUGGGCGAUAUGGAAAAAAAACAUAUCACGAUAUGGAUUACUACCCGUAGGCUACUGAAGGCUACCCGAGGGCUACUUUUGUUCAAAAUCCUCUACUGAUGUUUUGGCAUCAUUCUCAAAUCACACUAUUAUUAAAUGAUAAUUUGCUUAUAGGUUAUAAAGAAAAAAUAAUCACAUUUAAAUUAAGAAAAGCAUUAACUGUGACUAAAAUCUGGUAGUCAUCACUGUUUAAUAACAUCCUUGGUGGGCACCUCAGAAGCUCCUGGAGGGCUACCUGGCGCCCGCGGGCACCACGUUGGUGACACCUGGCAUAGAAGAAUGCAGGUGGCGGGCUGGAGAGGCGGUAGUCCGUCCCCCUGGCAUCAUUGGCAGCUGAGCUGAGCUGAGCUGCGCUGCGCUCCCUCCUGCUAGGUGUUGAUGCAGCUCCAGGAUGGUGCGACGGAUGGUUGGUGCUGCACACCACACGAGUGCCAGAGCAGAUGGGAGAAGGGGAGAAGCGGCUGCCCAAACUGACAUUAUGUAACGCAGAGUGUGAAGUCGCCCAGCAGCUCUGCUGCGUUACUGCUGCAGUCGCAUUUGGUAUCUGUCUGUCUGUCUGACUGUCUGUAUCAGCGCCAGGGACGGAGCUAUAGGGAGGGCGAGCAGGGCAUUUGCCCCUGGGUCCAGGGCACUCUUGCAUUGCUGGUGGGGACCCAAUUGUGAUAUUGUCAGGUCAUGUAGGGGGUCCGAUAAGCAUUUCGCCCUAGGGCCCUGUGUACAAUUGUUCCGCUACUGAUUGGUGCAUGUCUAUCAGUGCAUGUAGUUUUGUUUUACUAUGUACUUGUCUAUGGAUGUGUGUCAGUUAUCACUUUUGUUUGAGUGACUGUGUGGGCAUGCUCAUGCUCUCUACCGGCAUGUGCCUGUCUGUUUAAAAACCCUGUACAGCACAUCAGUAGAGUGCUAAGAGUGCUCCUUCACGCUGCCCUCAGAAAUCACUCUUGUAUCAGAGGACUCCCAGCCAAUGACUGUCUCUCAGCCUCUGCACUUGACAUCUAAUACUCAUUCCAGCAGAGAGAUAUGACGAGACGCUUUCAUUUUGAUGUGCGGUACCUCUGACUGAGUGAGCAGGAAUAGUAAUGGGACCUCUAGCAGUGUGUGUGUAGGAAGAGUCCUGUCAGCUUAAUGCUGUAACAUAAUUAGGAAACUAGCUUUUGAUGACUGUUGGGAAAGGAGGACGAGCAUAUUUGUUUCAGAUGUCAGCGCUUAUGUAUACAUUUGUGUAUGUACGCAGUGAGUGAGUCUGCAAGUUCUUUAAAAAGCACUGGCAUUAUCCUGUUAGGCCCACGUUGUUAGGCAGGCAGUGAGCAAACAUUGCUGAGCGUCUGUCAUUGGUAAGUAGAUCACAUUUCCAGAGCGAGGGCCUUGUUUCUCCGACUCACUCUGUACGUACUGCAGAAUGGGCCACUGAGAGGCCGCUGACCAUUUUAGGCGGCCGGCCGUGGACUACACAAAUCAAAGAAAGGCGUGGAGCGUUUACAUUGGAGGUGAGGUCAGCUCACUUUAUUUCCUGUUCAGAGAGAGAGAGAGAAGGAGAGAAGGAGAGAGACUGUGUGGUGAAAUGAAAGAGACAACUUUCUUCACAGACACAAGCCUGUUUUGCUUGUUUUGGAUGACAGAUCAUGGAUUAAACAUCCCUCUUUGUGUCUUUUUUGAUGUGGCGCUGCGCUUUUAAGAAAUUGAUGAGCUAAGCGACUGAAAUGUCAAUAACCAGGAUAAGCAGACAUGACGUCAGUGUUAUUGGUAAGCCAUUCGUCACGGGGAUCACUUUCAUCAGUGUAGACUUUGCCUGCCGCCUUCGCAUCGCUCCCGGGGAAGGCUGCCCUUUGAGCUUCUCCGCCGAGCGCAAUGGUGGACAGGCUUUGGAGACGCAGCGCUGAGUUUUUCGCCAGCAAGAGGUCGUUCCGACGGCCGAGGUCUGUGCACACCGCGGAGGAGUGUGCCAAGGAUGUGGAGGGAGAUGUCCAGAGCGGUGAGCCCGGUCCGUCCCUGGAGGGCGGCGUCGGCUACGGCCACGGCCCACUGACCCACAGCUCGUCCAUCAGUCCCGACCAGUUUGACGGCUCCGGCGUCUACGGCCACCCGGUGCAGUCCGGCCCCCAGCGGCCCCGCCGGCCCAAGCUGCAGCACUCGCAGUCCAUCCUCCGCAAGCAGGCCGAGGAGGAGGCCAUCAAGCGCUCGCGCUCGCUCUCCGAGAGCUAUGAGCUCUCCACCGACCUCCAGGACAAACAGGUAGAGAUGCUAGAACGCAAAUAUGGGGGACGGUUCAUAACACGGCACGCGGCGCGCACCAUCCAGACGGCGUUCCGCCAGUACCAGAUGAACAAGAACUUUGAGCGGCUGAGGAGUUCCAUGUCCGAGAACCGCAUGUCGCGCAGGAUCGUGCUCUCCAACAUGAGAAUGCAGUUGUCCUUCGACGGACCCGAGAAAGUCCACAGCUCCUUCUUCGAGGGCAGGCAGGUGUCCCUGACGGAGGACGGCGGGAGCCAGCUGGGCGCCAUGGUGGAGGAGUGCAGCAGCGAGAUGGAGGACUCGCACGGCAACAUGGCCUCGUCUCCGGCCGCGCAGAGCGACCUCACGGACGCCAUCACCGAGCUGGAGGACGCCUUCUCCCGACAGGUCAAGUCGCUGGCAGAGUCCAUCGACGACGCCCUGAACUGCCGCAGUCUCCACGGAGACGAGGGCCCCUCCUCGGAGCAGGUGAUGAUGUCGUCGCACCACCAGGAAGUGGAGCCAGAGAUCGUGUACCAGAUGCGGCCGGCGGCGCACCACCCGCACCCGCACGCCCACCACCACCGCCACAAGCUGGACGACAUGAUGGCCUCCUACAGCGACGUGACGCUCUUCAUCGACGAGGAGGAGCUCUCGCCUCCCAUCCACCUCACGCGCUCCUCCAUGGACCAGCCGUCCAGCACCGAGUCGGACCAGCGGGCGCAGUCCAUUAACUCUUCCCAGGAGUACUGGGACCCCAAGGACGAGAAAGACACGGACACCAGCCUGCGCAGCACCCCCUCGGUGGAGUGCCAGGAGCAGCGCCUGCGGGUGGACCACCUGCCACUGCUUACCAUCGAGCCGCCCAGCGACAGCUCGGUCAGCGACCGCUCGGAGCGCGGCUCGGUCAAACAGAGGCAGCCGGUGUUCGAACCGCAACAGCCGCCGCCGCCGCAGCAGCAGCGUACAGUGGUGGGCCCGCCGACGGCCAGCCCCAAACACAUCUCGCACGGACUCCCUCCGCGCGCGCCCUCACGCGACGAGGACCCCAUCCGCCACCGGCACCACCGGCAGCUGGAGAGCCACCUGGCCAUCAACGGUAAUCGGCAAAGCAAGUCCGAGUCGGACUUCUCGGACGGCGACAACGACAGCAUCAACAGCACGUCCAACUCCAACGACACCAUCAACUGCAGCUCGGAGUCCUCGUCGCGCGACAGCCUGCGCGAGCAGACGCUCAGCAAGCAGACGUACCACAAGGAGACGCGCAACAGCUGGGACUCGCCCGCCUUCAGCAACGACGUCAUCCGCAAGCGGCACUACCGCAUCGGACUCAACCUCUUCAACAAGAAGCCGGAGAAAGGUAUUCAGUACCUGACAGAGAGGGGGUUCGUCCCUGACACCCCAGUAGGGGUGGCUCACUUCCUGCUUCAGAGGAAGGGCCUGAGUCGACAGAUGAUUGGAGAGUUUUUGGGCAACCGACAGAAGCAGUUCAACAGAGACGUGCUCGACUGUGUGGUGGAUGAGAUGGACUUCUCAGGGACGGAGCUGGACGAGGCUCUCAGGAAAUUCCAGGCCCACAUCCGGGUGCAGGGGGAAGCACAGAAGGUGGAGCGGCUAAUUGAGGCUUUCAGUCAGCGCUACUGCAUCUGCAACCCCGGGGUGGUGCGCCAGUUCCGCAACCCUGACACCAUCUUCAUCCUGGCCUUCGCCAUCAUCCUCCUCAACACGGACAUGUACAGCCCCAACGUCAAGCCCGAGAGGAAGAUGAAGAUGGAGGACUUCAUCAAGAACCUCAGAGGCGUGGACGAUGGCGAGGACAUCCCCCGCGACACGCUGGUGGGGAUUUACGAGCGCAUCCGCAAGCGUGAGCUGAAGACCAACGAGGACCACGUCUCCCAGGUGCAGAAGGUGGAGAAGCUGAUCGUGGGCAAGAAGCCGAUUGGAUCGCUUCACCACGGCCUGGGAUGUGUGUUGUCCCUGCCCCACCGUCGACUGGUGUGCUACUGCAGGCUGUUUGAAGUGCCAGACCCCAACAAGCCCCAGAAACUAGGCCUUCAUCAGCGGGAGAUCUUCCUGUUCAACGACCUCCUCGUGGUGACCAAGAUCUUCCAGAAGAAGAAGAACUCUGUUACCUACAGCUUCAGACAGUCUUUCUCUCUGUAUGGGAUGCAAGUUCUUCUGUUUGAAAACCAGCAUUACCCCAAUGGAAUCCGGCUCACGUCAGCCAUCCCAGGUGCAGACAUCAAGGUCCUCAUCAACUUCAACGCGCCCAACCCACAGGACCGCAAGAAGUUCACUGAUGACCUACGCGAGUCCAUCGCAGAGGUGCAGGAGAUGGAGAAAUACAGAAUAGAAUCGGAGCUGGAGAAGCAGAAGGGGGUGGUGCGGCCCAGCAUGUCCCAGAGCAUGUCGGGCCUGAAGAAGGAGGCGGCCAACGGCAGCAUGAGCCGCGCCAGCCUGGACGACACCUACGCCAUGGGGGAGGGCCUCAAGAGGAGCGCGCUCAGCAGCUCGCUACGAGACCUCUCCGAAGCAGGCAAGCGAGGCCGGCGCAGCAGUGCAGGAUCACUAGACAGCAAUAUGGAAGGGUCCACCAUUAGCAGCCCCCACCUGCGGCGGAGGGUCACCACCCACGAGUGCUCGUCCCGCGGCCACCCCCACCCCCACCCCCACCCCGCCGCCACCGUGCCCAACUCCUCGUCCUCCAUCCUGGGCUCUCUCUUCGGCAGCCGGCGGGGCAAGUCCUCGUCCUCGUCCUCGUCCCAGGGUCCUCCGCCGCCUCCGCCUCCGCAUCCGCCCCCUCCCUCGUCCCACCCGACCCUCAUCUCCCACACGCCGCACCCCGCCAACCUGCACCACACGGCGACGCAUGGAGAGGCGACUCACACCAGCGCCAGCGGCGGGCAUCACCACCACCACCAACACUACGGCCACGGUGGUGGUGGGGGGGCACAGAACCCGCCGCCCUACCACCACCACCACCACUACCACCCUCCUCCGCCCACCGCCACCUCCUCCUCCUCACAGCAGCACAGCAGCAGGCAGCAGCCACACCCACACCCUCCCUCCACCUCCUCCCACUCCCACCACCUCCUCCACCAGCACUCGUCCCACUCCGCGCACUCCUCCUCCUCCUCACACCCCCCAUCGCAAUACCCAGGCUACGGCUCACAGCACCCACACCCGCACUCCCACUCUGGUCACUCCGGUCACUCCAGUCAUCAUGGGCAGCACACGUCUCACUCCUCGCAUUCCUCCCACUCUCAGCAGCAGCAGCACGGUCUACCCCCCUCCUCCUCGUCAUCAUCGCACCAUCACCACCACCAUCACCACCACCACGGGCAGCAGGGGAGCUCGGGGCACGGCAACCCCAAACCCAAACACAGCGGCAUCAGCACUGUGGUGUGACACCCGUGCCUAGGCUGACGCUGACGCUGAGGAAGGCGUCAAGUGUUUGGGUGUCCAGUAUCGGACGGGCAGACAGACAGACAGGCACACAGACAGAUAAAGACGGUCGUGUCGGUGUCGCUGUGUGUGUGUGUGAGUGAGUGCGUGAGUGACCGGGCCGCUGUGAUGCUGCAGCUGUGGUGCACUGUCUCCUCCCAUUCAGCAGGGGGAGCUGAUGGCCCGCUGCAAACCUGCAGGUUUCCCCAAAACCAACCAAGCUAAAGCAAAAAGUCAAAGACUACUAACAGCUAUCUCCAACUCCUGCCUGACUGUCCCUCAUCUCUCCAAAAAGGAUGCUCUCCCUCCCUCUGCCUCUACACUUCCUGUUUUGUUUUUGUUUGUUUGUUUGUUUUUUUUCAUUCAUGUUCUGCUGUAGUUCUGGCUUGAAUCGCCCGUUUCUCUCUCAGCAGUACAGUAGGUAUGUGUUGCCCAGGUCCCUUCUUCAACCAAAGCUUACCAUCAUCAUCAUCUAGCGCACUUCUCCCCCUGAAGCACCACAUCACUAUGUCCCGUCUCCAUCCAUACUCCAGUCAAGUCAUCAUCAUCUACAGCCCUCCGACCAUCAGGGGGAACAACAACACAGGUGGGAAAGGCAUGUAGUAGAAACAUGGCUUAUAACUCUCACCUGUUUUUGGAAGCAGCUUGCGUUUUUAUUUAAUUUUUUUGUUGUUUUAAGUGCUUUUUGUAUGUUACUCACUGUAGGAAUUUAAUGUAUUGCAAGAGAAAAAGCGAUGUUAUCAUUUCACAGUCAGUGACGAGACCGAAAACAAAACAAAACAAGACAAAAACAAAAAAAAAGAUUAACAUCAGUGUUACGUCUGUCACAAAAGUAGUCGUUCUAGUACUGUAUUUACCGUGGAUGACAGCUUUGUAUGUUGUCUCUUAGCAAUCAUAAAUAAAUGUGCCAACUAUUAAUGCAUUAUCUAUUUAGUCAAGAUUGCUUUGUGUACAGUAUAUUGUGCGUAAAGUAUUUUGUAGUAUACUUCCAAUUGCAACCAUUGUUAUAAUUGUUCUAUAAAAUCUGUAAAAAAAAGAUUGAAUUUUCUCAGAGUUCCAUGGUCACAGGGGUGUUGGAAGACUACAUUAGAGAAUGGACAUUAGAAUGAGCAGUUAGGGCUUUUUGAAGUGAAAAUGGGAGUUUACAUAUACACACACGUCUCAUCAGGCAUAGAAGACUGUUUAUAGACUGAAAAAUAGCUGUGGCUGCUAUGGCAGGGAGAUGUACUACAAGGGCCUAAGAAAACCAAUACGAUAAGGCAGUUGAUGGUGAUAAAGCAGUUGAUUGGGUUGCUGGGUAAUGAAGGAAGGGCUGUUCUGGCAUUGCUAUGCUGACAGCCUAUACGGCUCUGGCCAUCUUGUGCUGGCAAUGCUACUAUAAGCUUUCAAAGAACACAGGGCCCUAGUAAUCACUCUGCAGUACUUGCAUUCUUGACUGACACAUAUCUCUAUAAUCGUUUUCGUUUUCCUUUUUUUUGUAUUUUAGUUAUCAAUGAUUUAAUGAUUACAAAUGUUUUUCAUUUAAUAUUAAAUAUUUGUUGCUGAAUAUUUAAUAGUAAAUAUAAAUGGUUUUUUUUUCCUUUUUUUCUAUUUCCUACCAUCCACAAAACCCUUACAGGGCCAGUGACUGAAAAUAGUUCUUAGUUAUUUUCUAUGGAUUAUUCAUUUUUAUCAGCUCAUGUGCAAUAUGUUUAUAUUGAUUUCAUGUUGGAACUCUCACGUUAUCAUUUAAAGGACUCUUAUCUUAUUUUGAUGUUUUGUUGAGAUUGUUUUAUGUUUUGUUUGUUUAUUUGUUUCAUUUUCAGUAUCAUAGCUUUCUGUGGAUUAAAAAAACAUGUCCUCAUUUUUGAGAGACUUUCUCUUCUGGAAUUCAUCAGAAUGUCAAUUAAGUGAUGAUGAUAAAAUGCAUGUCAUUUGUUAUUGAUGUGAGGCCAUUGUUGGUGUAUUUAUUUAUUUUGCUAAAAUAAAUCAGUGUUACCAUA